GUCCUUCCAUCAUGGUAUUCCGCUUUGCUAGCUUUUCUGAUUCUAGUCCGCCAGAGCCCUCCACACAGCCCAAAAGGCCUUCCGUCAAAUGGGACUUGGGCUCGGAUUACGAGGACGUUUCGAAUGAGACCACCGCUUCUGGCUCGGACUUCCGGCGCCAGAGAACAGCCAGCCAGCCGGAUAUUGGCCUCCACGUCCAACCACAGAUCUACUUCCUGCGGCCGCGGUCCCCAAUCCCCAAGUUGUUAUUCAGCUUAAUUAAUACCAGUGAUGCAAAUGUGAAGAAAAUGUUACCCAAGAGCCAUUUGUCUCGGGUGAUUAUUCGGGACAACCUCAACGCACAGCGCAUCUAUGAGAUGGAGAUGAAAGCCUCUGACAAGACCAAGAGGAAGAUGAGCUACUUGUACGACCACCUGAAAAAGAAGUUCAUGACAGACCAGCUGAGAAAGAUGAUGCGCUGGAGGCGGGAUUCCAUGAGCACCCAGCAGUACUUGGAUAGGAAACGGGUCUGUUGAGGCUCGACUGAGGUGGCGAGCCAACAACUGUGAACCGUGGCAGAAUGAUCUGCCCCAGGGACACAAAACCGCCCUGGUGAGAGCGGAGCAGCCCCAGAGCAUGUGAUCUCCACAACAGUAGAGCAAUAAAAGAAAAGCUGCGGAUAGGAUAGGAGCGCAAAACGCACCAGUUCUAACCUGCUUUGCUCCACGCCAACCCCUCUAUCCCUGUGAAAUCCCUACAGCUACCCAUGCUCGGUGGAAGAGGCAGAGGCAAGCCAGUCUCCUUGGUUUGUGCAAACAUGGAAACUUAAGCCGUCUGUUUUUUCCUUCUCUUGUUCCUGUGUGUCUCUCUGUCUCCCUACAUUGUCUACCCCUCCUACCAUGUCCGAUCUCCUUUCCUUCCCUCCUCAUUUCGGUCUGCACCCAGUUGUACACACACCCCCGAGGUGACGCAUCUGCGGGUUCCGCCGAGGCUGUGGACAUCUUCAAUGGAAAGGAUGAGUAAUAAACUGUGCAUUAUCCGAGUCGUAAGGAGGUCAGGGUGAAGCACAAGGCAAUGCUAUUCAGCAGCCUACCAGCUCUAGGAUCUUGAAACCUCUCUGGGUUCCUGUUCCUUAUCUGAAAGACUCAGACAGUAGAAAGGUAACCAGCCUCUGAGGGCGCUGGCAGGCAGCGCGCGCCACGCCCAGCAUUCAUUCAUUCCAACUGCAGCCAUGAUGGCGCUACCCAUUGGCUACCAGCCCUCCCGGUGCUUCUGCAAAGCAAAUUUGGAGCUCCAGUCUGUCCCUCCCUGUAGCUGGCUUAACUUAUGGUUUGCUUUUCUCCUUGACCUUGGAUUCUCCUGGAGGCUUCACUCUGUUGCAGUGUCUUGGUCUCAAGCCCUGAUUAAAUUGCAUGCCUUAAGGGCAGGAAGCAAGGCCCCUCUCAGAUCUGAUACAAGUCUCUUUGGAUGCUUCUCCAGGCCUGAUGUUAGGCCAGUCUUGUACUCCAGUAUCCACAGCUACAUCGGUUCGAUUGACUUUGACUUGUCGGUAUGUGUUUUCCUAAUCAGGCUGUGAUGUUGGCAGCAUCUCUAACCAUAAUUUCUGGGAAAUGGAGCAGGUACUCGUUUUUUAAAUUUUUAUUUUAUCCUAGAGAAUGCCACACAGUGUCUGUUGAUCACACCCGCCCCACUGUCUCCCAUGUGCUCUUUUUUAAGGAAAGACAUCUUGAGUGGAUGUCCUGGUCUUCCGGCUUUGGCUCCUCCUCCUCCUAUGAUGGUCUUCCGGCUUUGGCUCCUCCCACUUGAUGUCCCUGGAGCCUUGAGGAUGGGAGGAGUUGUGUGUAAUUGUAUCUCUCUGGGUCAGCUACCUCAUGGUCAAUUGACCUCUGCAUUUUUGACCAGUUGUGGCUUUUUAUGUGUUUUGAUAGCUGCCUAUCUGUGUUCCAUGUGCGUGCCUAGUGUCUGCAGAGGCCAGAGGCAGCAUUGGGUUCUCUGACACUAGACUUAACAAAGGCUUCAGAGCACCAUAUGGGUGUCAGGAAUCAAACUCAGCCCCUCGGCAAGAAUAGCUAGUGCUCUUACAGCCAAGCUACUUCAGCCCCGAUGAUGACGACGAUGAUGAUGAUGAUGACGACGGUGGUGGUGGUGGUGGUAGUGGUUUUUGAGACAGGGUCUUAGUAGACUUAUCUGGCCUUGAGCUUGCUAUGUAGCUGAGGAUGGCCUUGAACCCCUGAUCCUCCUGCCUCUGUCUCCUGGGUACUGGGACUAUAGGUGUAUGCUAGCACGCUCAGUCUUUCCUUACCAGUCCCUCCCUGCUGCAUGAGAGGAAGCAUGUUAUAUAUGUAUCACUUAUUCUGCCUUAGAGGAUAAUAUCCAAUUACAUUUACCUUCCUGCAAAUAUCAUAAUACCGCUUUCCCUUUCUGAAUAAAAUUUCAUUUUAUAUGUAUAUUUUAAAAAGCCAUCUGUUGAUGAGCAUCUAGCCUGGUUCUGUUUCUCAGCAAUGGAAUACCUUAUCAAUAAACAUUCAUGUGUAAAUAU